AUGGGUUGUGAAGGCUUAACGACUCUGUCGGAGAUAAGGAAGGAUUUUGAUUUCGCCGGUCAACAAGAUAAUGCAACACCAACGGAGUCAAUUUCGGAUUCUCAAUUUCCGCCGUAUUCAACACAAUGUGAGGUAGAAAAUAUAAAUCUCACAAAUGAGGCGGUGGAAAAACCUGACGGUAAACGUGUUCCAUGGAGUGUGGAUGAUGACAAGAUACUUGCAUGUGCUUGGCUCACAAUUUCAAAUUGCAGCAUUGUGGGUAACUUUCAAAAUGAAGAGAGUUUUUGGAAACGAGUCGUCGACUACUUCAAUGAGAAUCGGAAAUCUGGACCACCACGAAAAUAUAAAGCAGUGAAAUCACAUUGGCAUUGGUUGAGUAGGAUGGUUAAUGAGUUCAACCAAUAUUACAACAGAUUGUGGAAGGUAAAUGCUCCUAUGCAGCGUUCUUCAAAAAAGAUAAGGACUAAUGAAAACGGGGCAUACACUUCUUCAUCCAAUGCGGAUUCAAAUUUUGACAUCGAUGAUAAUGAAGCACGUGAAGUUCGCCCACCUGGUCAAAAAGCAUCAAAGAAGGGAAAAAGAAAGGCAAAAUCAAAGGUGAAUGAGGAAAAUGUAAGUGGGGAAUUUGAUCAAAUCCGAAAAAUGUUGAUGCAACAAAAAGAAGAAAAAUUGCAGGCUAUGGAAAACUUGGCAAAUAAGUUAGAAAGUUAUAAUUUUCGAAGUGAUUACGAAAUCUUACUCAAGGAUACCACGGGCAUGACCUAUCAACCGCUUCGAAUUCAUGAGCAAAUGUUCUCCAUCCUAAAAGCCAAAUAUAAUAUUUCUUAG